GCUGCUUGCCGAGCCGCAGCUGCAUUUAAAAGGGAGCUAAAUAUCGCAAUCGUGGAAGAAUCGCUGCCGUCGACGCGUCCUCGAGAAACGUUUCUUCCGAGCGACGCGCGAAGUCCGUGCUCGACGGAAAAAAGCCCGUGUCCGCGGGAACGUCGCCGCAAAAGACGCGGUCUUCGAAGGACGGGGACGCCGUAAAAAGUUGCGCGACGAAGUCGCGAGGUCUCCGCGAACGGCGGCUUCUUUCGCGGAGGGAAGAUAAAAUGGUGCGCGACGACGUGGGACACAAGGUUCGCUUGUUCGACGAGGCCAGCGUCGCCAGCGCGGGCAACAAUGAUCCGAUUUACAUUUUACGGAAGGAAAUACAUGACUGGAGAGUAUCCGGGCAGCUAACGGACGGACUUGAGCGCGAUUCUCACCUUACCGAAGACGAGACGGAGAAGAGUUUCGUUCAAGAGAGCUGUGAUCAAGCAGUCGUGAAAGAUCUCCCAGAUCCAGGUGUUCUCCAUGAAUUACCGAGUUCCAUCGCCAUUGAUCAUUUAACGCGGCGCACCGAAAAUUCGAGUUCUCCGGAAACGUGCAACAACGGAGUCUGCUCUACGACGCCUCCAGGGGAGAUGACUUCCGUUCGCACGUGUUAUUGCAAACAGGAGGGGACUGCAGCGCGCAAAAAGGAUAACGAUAUCGCGAUACACAAUGGGAAUCGGCAUCCUGCGACUGCCGUAUCUAAAAAAUCGAUUGUCACAAAUAGAAUUUCCAAAGACGGCAGGGAGUCGGAUAAAGGAGCGACACGCGUUACCAACGAGAGAACGCCUGACACGAACCGAUUGGCACACACAGAAGCGCAGCCUCCUAAUCUCGAAUUAAGUCCCGAAACGUCUAUCGCGCUCGAAAACGCCGAGAAGAUCAUUAACAAUGCAAAGAUACAACUCAUGGAAGUCUGCGCAACGUCGAGCUUCGAUUCUGCACGACGGAAUAAAAAUACAUAUUCGGGCGAGCCGCCGUGGGACGACGAGAUGGAAGAGCGGCUGUACGUUCGCGAGCUGGUGGCUUCCAAAUUUCACGAUGCGUGCUCUUCGAAAGCGUUAUCGGAGGUGAACGGCAAGGCAAGCGCGCGUGAAACGGAGAAACGCGACUUUCCUCCCGUUACCGUUCGCAGGAUCGAUUUGUCGGCGCCGAAAUUUCGGGUGUCGCGACGACGGCGUGCCGACUGGUCGUCCUUAGGAUACGGAAGCGACGAUCGGUCGCGUGGACGUGCGUCGCCUGCCCGAGUGCCGUCCGGGGACUCGUCGCUCGAGGGGGUCGCGAACGAGACGACGGCACGCGACGAUCGUGCUCGCGAUCGUCGGCGGACGUCGUCGGCGCGGGGGAACACAUGCGAAAUCCAAAUAGGGCCGUCGGUGCACAUCGUCGACCGGGAACUGACCAGGCAGGACCUGGAGGAUGUGCACAUCUCGCCGGAAUCGUCCCGGGCGCAGAGCCGCGCAAAUACGGCUACUUACACCCUGCGCCACGAUGUCAUCCAGAGCGUGGAUAACCCGGAAGGGACGCCGAGAACUCGGCGCGUGAGAUUGGACACGAUACAACGAGAGAAACCGAUCGGAAAGUUGAUUAUGGAAGCGGUACCGACGAAUCCCGCAAGCAAGUCGGAAGAGGACCUUGAAAAGGUCGGGAACUCCGAUUCCGGACAAGACGACGGACGAAUCGAAUCUCCAACGGCCCGAAUUCACAGACGAGAGAGCAAGGAUCAAAGGCACGACUCGCAGAAUGCCGAAGGCACGGGAAUAUCCGUAUGUCUGAAAAACGUGACGAGUCAAGAAGCGGCUAAAUUCGCUGUGAUUGAGACUCCGAGAACCGAUAGGAGUGAAAAAUUGAAGAACAAAGCGGGAAACGAGAAUCACGAGAGAAUUGCCUCCGGCGGUGAUGUGGAGAUCAGUUACGCGGAGAAUGGCGGAAUAUUCCGCAAGAGGAGCGAUGCUGAUCGUCCGCGAAAUGACGAAAACAUUGUAGAUAAGAUCGAGGCAGAGGAAAACCAAGGUGAUCGAUCAAAGCCGUCGCUUGCCGGCGACACCUCAAGGAAAACGGGUUUUCCACGGCGCGAAAAUAUCGCUUCCCGUUGCCGAGAGGCGGAAAGUCCGCUACUUUAUCGGACGAUUGAUGGACACUUUUCGUUCAGUAGUUAUAAAGGACGGGAUGGAUUGCGCAAUGACGCCAGCGAAGACUUGAACUUGGACGAGAUCGACUUGUAUCAGCCGCGGCUCGACGAUUUGGAUUCAAUCUUGCACUUCAACGACAGGAAGAUCGAGCGCGUCGUUCGCACGGCCAGGAAUCUUUCGGAUUUAUUAUCAGGCCCUGAAUUCGCGAUGUACAAGCUGGACGAAGACGAGCGCGUGCCGCAAGACGCGAAUCAUGAUAACCUUCGUCGGGACUCGUCAGCCGAUAAGAGUGACAAGUACUCAUUGAACAAGCCGACUCGAUCGUCAGUUCUAGAAACUGAGCUGAGAAACGAGGAUUUGACGGUCUCAGGGAUACGUCGAACCGAUGAAGAUCCGAAGGGAACAAAUGCGGCAGGGACGAAAUCGUCGGCUUCCGCGAGGGAGAACGAUUUUCGCGGCAAUUACUUGAAGAACUCCGUCGAAUCUAGCGUGUUUCCCGCGUCGGACGCGAGCGACGAUCUCAGGACAACUCGCGACAGCGAUAAGGCUCAACGAUCGGCUAAAGCGGGCUUGUCGGAAUCGUCGAUGGACAGAUCGGACGCCACGACGUUCUCCAACCUGGUACCCGCGCUAUCCAGCACGCGCACGGAGACGACGCAGACGUGUCGUCUUCGGGAAGAGGAAAUCGCUCGGGGUUAUCGUCACGCGGACGCGAGGUCGCGCGUCACGUCUGCGAGCAAACUCUCCAAGCGCGGAAUUCGUCGUUCUGGGAAGGAAUACACCGAUGACGGAAUUUUCGCGCAGCUUUCCCGGAAGGACACGUUCCAGGCCACGGACCGGUUCGUCACCUACAUCCUGCAGGACGAGAAACAGAGCCUCGAAGGGAAGGUCGCGAACGCCUUGAAGGAGUCGGCGGUCACGCCCGCGGCGGUGCAGAAGCUCCUGGAUCACUUGCGCGAGGCCGAAUCGAUCCGCGACGCGCGUCAAACGGAAACCUUGGAUAUUCUGAAAGAUAUUCUGAUUAACGUUAAAAGCCAGCCGGACCAAGGAGACACGAACGACAAGGAAACGUCUCCUCGAAACAUUCCCGAUUCCUCAGCCCAAAUGAAAGUACCGCCGAUCGCGAUCGACGGGUUAACGUCGCGAGAAGUAGAGACGCGACAAACGCGAGCGAAAAUCGACGCGAGCGAGAUCGGACGGGUUGACAAAAGUUCCUACGAGCUCAAAAGUCCCGGCGGGCACUCUGUCGACUUUUCCGAAUGUCGCGAAACGAGAGAGAGCUCUACGGCCCGUUGCGAGUCUAUUCGAAAGCUUUGCCCUGAGAAUAAUAGCAAGGGAGACACGGGUUUGACGGAAAGCGCGGACGUUGCAAAGACUGUUCCGAUCGAGGCUAAAAAUCAAACAGACAAAGGCGUCGAUGAAAAUAAUCCGAAGAAGGAGGGGACGCUUCCUCGGCACAUCGCUGGUUCCUUGAUGCGGACGAAUGUAGCGUCAGACGCAAUUGAGGAGACAAUUUUGCGAACGCGAGCAAGAAAUAACGCCAGCGAUACCGGGCUAAUCGCCGACAAAUCGAAAGAUUCCGGGAAUCCAGAUAAAUAUUUUUCCGUCUCUCCCGCGUUUCCGGAAAUGAAGGAAAACGUUCAUUCCGCAGUUCAUUUCGAGCUUGUUCGAGGUUCUAAGAAUAACAGCAAGAACAACAGCAAGGGAAACUCGGAGGCUGAGUCAUUAAGACAGAUCUCCGAUAUUCGUAGUGACGUUGAAAACCUCGAUGAGAAUUCCAAACAUUUAUCUACGAAAAUUACAUCUGCGAGAUCGAAGGGGGAACGUGAAAUGGAAGCUGUCGAUUCGGUUACCGCGGUACUCGGGAAUAAAGAAGACGAUGUAAAUAACGAAAGGCUUCGAGAAGAUAAAUCGAACGAUGCCCGGGCAUCCAAUAAAGACCAAGACGCGAACAAAAUUAUCACGCAGACCGAUCAGGUAGCGCAAUCGGAUGUGAAGGAAAUCAGAAGCGAGAAAACGCGUGACAUUGUUACCCCGGCGGACAAGAAGGUGUUAUUCGCAUUGUCGGAAGUUUCGGAGAUAAAGAACGAGCGAGUUCGCUCGGAUGUAAGCCCCGUCAGAUCGAAGCCUAUCGACGAAACUCCAACGAGAACAGAUGUUAAUCUUGUAUAUUCGUCGACGAAAGAAGACCCCGGAUCUUCACGCGAAUCAGAAAUUGACACGCGACACCCUGCGGUUAAGGGGAAGAUCGAUCCUCCGCGAGAUCGCAUUGUGUCGAGCGUGAAAAGUAGCGAAUCAUCGCAGAUAGCCGCGUCGCGUAACAAGCGGAUCUCGCUUGACAUUGCUGGAGAUGAUAAUUUGAUGAGGGAUAGGGGGAACGAGGAAAUUCGCAAAUCGACGACGUUCGCGGCGGUCGAGAACCGCAGAGACGGAAAUGAGAUCUCAGGACUUCGGAAAACUGUGAGGAGCGAUAACGAGCGGCAGUCGAUUGAUUUGACAAAGAGACGACGGAAUUACAAAAUAGAUAUCUUAUCCAGCUCCAAUUCUAGUGUCAGCAGUACGCUACUGGAUCAUGACGACAGGUCGACCAAUGGCAUGUCGAGUGCAAACGCAAGGAGA